UUUCUAGGUUUCAUUUUUUUGUUGAUGGCGUAUGCCCAGGUCGUUCUUUCCAGCUCCUACGACAGCCUCUCCUUCAACAAAGUAGGGUUCCGACAACCAAAGGGCUUGAGUUCUUUUCUGGUAAAUUCGAGAAUUAACGAAGAUAAGCAAAUUCAUACUAGUAUGGAGAUGCAGAGAGAUAACGGUUCAAUAACCAAGGACCAUUCCAGGUUAAAAGUUCCGCAUGUGUUGACUGUUGCCGGCUCGGAUUCAGGCGCUGGUGCCGGAAUCCAAGCAGACCUGAAGGCUUGUGCUGCGCGCGGGGUUUACUGUUCCACAGUUAUAACUGCUGUUACUGCACAAAACACUGUUGGUGUUCAGGGAGGAAACAUUGUGCCUGAGGAUUUUGUAGCAAAGCAGUUGAGGUCUGUGCUAUCUGAUAUGCAAGUUGAUGUGGUGAAAACAGGCAUGCUACCAUCUACUGGUAUAGUUAAGGUUCUUCGUCAAAGUCUUGCGGAGUUUCCCGUUCGAGGUUUAGUGGUUGACCCUGUCAUGGUAUCUACAAGUGGAGAUGUACUGGCUGGCCCCUCCAUUCUUACUGUGUUCAGAGAGGAGCUUCUUCCUAUGGCUGACAUUGUAACCCCAAAUCUAAAGGAGGCGUCAGCUUUACUUGGUCUAAAACUGGAAACAGUUUCUCACAUGCGUUCUGCUGCAAAGUUAUUACAUGAUAUGGGCCCACGAAACGUGCUUGUCAAAGGUGGUGACCUUCCUGAUUCAUCUGAUGCUAUUGAUAUCUUCUUUGACGGUGACAACAUCUUUGAGCUGCGCUCCUCCCGCAUAAAAACCCGUAAUUCACAUGGUACUGGCUGCACUUUGGCAUCAUGCAUCGCAGCUGAGCUGGCUAAAGGUUCUUCAAUGCUCCAAGCUGUAAAGGCAGCUAAAUGCUUUGUUGAGUCUGCCUUAGGUUAUAGCAGGGACAUUGUCAUUGGAAACGGUCCCCAGGGCCCCUUCGACCACCUCCUGAGGCUUAAGAGAAACAUCCACCAUUCUUCUGGAAAGCAUGGCUUUGAUCCAAGUGAUUUGUUCUUGUAUGCUGUUACCGAUUCACGAAUGAAUAAAAGAUGGGGACGUUCUAUUUCAGAAGCUGUUAAGGCUGCCAUAGAAGGAGGUGCUACAAUUAUUCAACUCAGGGAAAAGGACAUUGAAACACGUGAUUUUCUGGAAGCCGCCAAAUCAUGUCUCGAAAUAUGCCGUUCGCGUGGGGUUCCUUUACUAAUAAAUGAUCGCGUCGAUGUUGCUCUUGCUUGUGAUGCCGAUGGGGUGCAUGUUGGUCAGUCUGACAUGCCUGCUCGUGCCGCCCGCUCUCUCCUUGGCCCUGAAAAGAUAAUUGGUGUGUCGUGCAAGACGCCGGAGCAAGCUGAACAGGCAUGGAUCAAUGGUGCUAAUUACAUAGGCUGCGGCGGUGUAUAUCCAACUAACACAAAGGCGACCAAUCUCACUAUUGGGUUGGACGGGCUGAAAGCUGUUUGUUUGGCUUCUAAGUUACCUGUUGUUGCAAUUGGCGGUAUCAGUGCUUCGAAUGCAGGCUCGGUUAUGGGAAUUAACGUUCCGAACCUGAAGGGUGUCGCUGUUGUGUCAACUUUGUUUGACAGGGAAUGUGUUUUAACGGAGACUGGGAAUCUUCAUUCAGUACUAACAGAGGUAACGUCAAGAGUAAGUUGAAAAUCUUUUCUCAGAACAUCUCUAGUGUGCAAAAAAGCCAAUGCCAUGUUCGACACAAAAAGGCAUGAAAAAUAAUAUCUGUUUGUUGAAAUAAUAUUACUUCAAAUGUUGUAUUUGCUUUUGUCAUAAAUUUUGAGCUUUAGAGUUAUAAAAAGGAAAUUUUUUUUAUUUUUUUAUUUUUAACGUAUUGUAAAGUAGUGACAUUGUAAUUCUUAUUAUAUUUCAUUUAUUU